GACUUUUAGUUCGCAUUAGACCGCUACACGCUGCAUGAAACGCGGCGACUAAUAUCGGUUUCAGUAAUAUACUUGAGAUAUUAAAUAGUUAUCGAUAAAUAUAAUUUUCCGAAAACUAUUGACCUAAUUUAUUGCAUCAUUAUAAACAAUAUAUGUAUAUAAGUAAGUGCAAAAGUGUUUGAUUAAGUUCAGUAGUAUUAUAGAACCAGUGAUAGGAGUUGUUAUAUUUGUGUUUGUUUUUUUAAAUAUUAUUUGGUGAAAAUGGCACCUAAUUCGAGUGACGCCAAUGGGGUGUUAUUUGAAUCGGACGCAGCCACACCAGACUUGGCUCUUCCUAACACUCCAAUCCAACAAGCAGAUAGUUACCCAAGAAAAUAUGUAUGGAGAAAUAUCAUCGCAUUUGCAUAUUUGCACAUAGCUGCAUUAUAUGGCGGAUAUCUCUUCCUAUUCUCUGCGAAAUGGCAAACAAAUAUUUUUGCUUACAUCCUGUAUGUUAUGUCUGGGCUGGGUAUCACGGCGGGUGCUCAUAGACUCUGGGCCCAUAAGUCAUACAAAGCUAAAUGGCCAUUACGUGUUAUACUUGUAAUUUUCAACACUUUGGCAUUCCAGGAUUCUGCCAUUGACUGGGCUCGCGAUCAUCGCAUGCACCACAAGUAUUCCGAAACGGAUGCCGAUCCUCAUAACGCGACACGCGGCUUCUUCUUCUCACAUAUCGGCUGGCUGCUGGUGAGGAAACAUCCCGAGCUCAAGAGGAAAGGCAAAGGUCUAGACCUGAGCGAUCUAUACGCUGAUCCAAUACUGCGUUUCCAGAAGAAGUACUACCUCCUCCUAAUGCCAAUCAGCUGUUUCAUCCUGCCGACGAUUAUCCCGGUCUAUCUGUGGGGGGAGACGUGGACGAACGGUUACUUCGUGGCGGCCAUGUUCCGUUACGCGUUCAUCUUGAACGUGACCUGGUUGGUAAAUUCCGCCGCCCACAAAUGGGGCGAUAAGCCCUACGACAAAAACAUCCAGCCCUCCGAAAACAUGUCAGUGUCACUGUUCGCUCUGGGCGAAGGAUUCCACAAUUACCACCACACAUUCCCGUGGGAUUACAAAACCGCUGAGCUGGGCAACAACAGGCUGAAUUUCACUACUACCUUCAUAAAUUUCUUCGCCAAAAUCGGCUGGGCCUACGACCUGAAAACCGUUUCUGACGAGAUCGUCAAGCAACGGGUCAACCGUACUGGCGAUGGAAGCCAUCAUUUAUGGGGAUGGGGGGAUAAAGACCAUUCCAAGGAGGAAAUCAGGGCCGCCAUAAGGAUCAAUCCUACGGAUGAUAAAGAGGAAUAAUUUCAACGGUAUGCACAGAAACUGUCCCAUAUGUUACGAGUAUAUUCUUCACUAUUUACAUAGAUCUGAUUUUGUAUCAGAAUAUAAAUGUUAAGAGCCAUAAAUAUUAUGGCUAUGUAAUAAAUAUGUUUUCGCUUAUUUAUAUAAUAUAACGAGUACUUUUCGAAUUUAGUGACAUUGAAAAUGUCAAAGAAAACAUAUAAUAAUAGUUUUCAGUAGAGAUUAAAGUAAUGAAGCAAAAAAAUAAUAUUUUUUAAAUGCUUUGUAUGAUUUAAUUUGUUUAAAUUAAUAAGCAUAUGUAGUUUUGCAUAUUGAUUGCACCAAUGGCUUAGUUAGAUGUUGUGUUGGGUAUAUUAAGUGGUUAUCUGUUAGCCGAUAUAUACAGGAUGUGAAAAAAAAUACUUAGUUUGCACAAUUGAUAUCAGAAAUUCAUAUAAAGAGUGGUUAACGUGAUGGAACCUUUAAUAAUACCCUUAUUAUAUAACUGAGUACAAUUCUGUGUGAUGGGUAACACAUCAGUAUUAAAACCAUACAUAGUUGAUCGUUUGUGAGCACUAGUCUAUAGAGUUCGGACUGAUAUAACCCAGUUUUUGUAGAAUCGAACUAACUUAGUAUAUUAUUUUUAAUCGAAUAUUGUUUUUAAUUACAAUAAUUUGGCGUGGAUUUUGUCGGUCUGGAGGAUUUAUAUCUAUGGGAUUUUGGACUGAUGUGUAAGAGAAAUGUGAUAUUUAGAUGGAUAAAUAAAAUAGGAAUGGAAAUGUAAUGUGUAUUUAACAAAACAGUUAUGAUCAUUAAUUUAUUUUAUUUUGUUUUGUAGUUAAGCAAAAAGUUUGAUAAUAUUAAAUUUUCAUCGUUGGAUGUUUUAUCUGUCAUUCAUUGUCUCAUACUCAGUGUUGAGCUGGCUUCAUAUAGUGAGUACUUACGAAUUGUGCGACAUCUUAUUUAAUACCGAUCUUAUAUUGCACCGUGUGAAGCAGGCUUCCCUUAGAUUAAUUAAGAGAUAACUAUUAUGCCCAUAAUGUUGCUGUUCUAAAAUAUAACAUUAUAAAGUAA